AUCGCUUAUGAUUGUUAGUCAUGGGGAAAAGUGUUCGCAGUAGUUCUGCAGUGGUCUUGUAUCACAUGUAGCCGUGUUUAAUAUCAAAACCGGACAGUACCUGCCACUGACAUGGCCAACAUCGCGAAGAAAGUGUCGUGGUCAGGUCGAGGCGAUGAUCGCGGAGAGAGAACUCCACUCUUGAACGGAGCCGAGGAGGUGAAAUACAACAACAGACAGAUCUCAGGUGGCAGUAUAUUUCAUAUAGGCAGGCUGAGUACUGUGGAUCUUGAGGAGGAGAUCACACCUGAAGAGGACAUUGUGAGAAGUCGACCAAAGGAAAUCCCUCACAAUGAGAAGCUACUGUCUCUCAAAUAUGAGAGUCUCGAUUAUGAUAACAGCGAGAACCAAUUGUUUCUGGAGGAAGAAAGACGGAUGAGUCACAUGGGCUUUGGAUGUCUGGAGAUUAAGCGAUGGGUGAUCUGUGGUCUUAUCGGAUUCCUCACCGGUCUCAUUGCAUGCUUCAUAGACAUUGUUGUAGAAAAUCUCGCUGGCUUUAAGUAUUUUCUGGUCAAGCAGAAUAUAGUGAAAUUCACCGAGGUGGGAGGAUUGUCCAUCUCUCUGAUAUUGUGGGCGGUGCUGAACUCUGCAUUCGUGAUGGUUGGCGCCAUCAUUGUGGCUUUUAUUGAGCCAAUUGCGGCAGGUAGUGGAAUCCCACAGAUAAAAUGCUACCUGAAUGGAGUAAAAGUUCCCCGUGUGGUUCGGCUCAAGACUCUGGUGGUUAAAGUCUUGGGGGUGAUCUUCUCUGUUGCCGGAGGCCUCGCUGUAGGAAAGGAAGGACCCAUGAUUCACUCAGGGGCCGUGGUGGCCGCCGGUGUGUCCCAGGGCAGGAGCACUUCACUGAAGAAAGACUUUAAGAUGUUCGAGUAUUUCCGUAGGGACACAGAGAAGAGAGACUUUGUCUCCGCAGGAGCAGCCGCUGGAGUCUCUGCCGCUUUUGGAGCCCCUGUUGGUGGUGUUCUGUUCAGUUUAGAGGAAGGGGCGUCUUUCUGGAACCAGAUGUUAACCUGGAGAAUUUUUUUUGCUUCAAUGAUCUCCACCUUCACGCUGAAUUUCUUCCUCAGUAUUUAUCAUAAGAAGCCAGGAGAGCUUUCCAGCCCCGGUCUCAUUAACUUUGGCCGCUUUGACAGCGAUAUUGUGGAGUAUAAUUUAUAUGAGAUUCCUCUCUUCAUUAUUAUGGGAGCUUUAGGAGGGUUGCUUGGAGCAUUGUUCAAUGUCCUCAAUUACUGGCUAACAAUUUUCAGAAUAAGGUACGUCCACCGGCCAUGCCUGCAAGUGAUGGAAUCCAUGCUGGUUGCUGCGGUGACCGCCACAGUUUCCUUUGCCAUGAUCUAUUUUUCCAACGACUGUCAACCGUUGGGACCGGACCACAAUGAGGAAUAUCCUCUACAGCUCUUCUGUUCUGAUGGGGAAUAUAAUUCCAUGGCAACGGCCUUCUUCAACACACCUGAGCGGAGUGUGAGGAGUCUGUUCCAUAACCCUCCAGGAACUUACAACCCUCUGACUUUGGGAGUUUUCACCUUGGUUUAUUUUUUCCUGGCCGUCUGGACGUACGGCCUGACCGUGUCGGCAGGAGUGUUCAUCCCCUCUCUGCUGAUUGGAGCAGCCUGGGGCCGACUGUUUGGGAUCCUUCUGUCAUUCAUCGCCUCCAGUCAGUCAAUUUGGGCGGAUCCUGGAAAGUACGCUCUCAUAGGUGCUGCGGCCCAACUAGGUGGUAUUGUCAGAAUGACCCUCAGUCUCACAGUCAUCAUGGUAGAAGCCACUGGUAAUGUGACCUAUGGCUUUCCCAUCAUGCUUGUGCUGAUGACUGCCAAGAUCGUCGGGGAUUAUUUUGCAGAGGGCCUAUAUGAUAUCCACAUUAAGCUGCAAAGUGUUCCUUUCCUUCACUGGGAGGCUCCGCAUACUUCUCAUUGGCUGACUGCCAGGGAGGUCAUGAGCUCUCCAGUAACCUGCUUCAACCAAGUGGACAAGGUCGGCACGAUUGUGGAUGUUCUUAGCAACACGUCCACCAAUCACAACGGCUUCCCAGUGGUUGUCCAUUCUACUGGGAGUGAUGAGCCAGGCAAACUCUGCGGCCUUAUUCUCCGCUCGCAGCUCAUUGUUCUUCUCAAACAUAAGGUGUUUGUGGAGAGGGCCUCCUCACGACUUACCCAGAGGAAGCUACAGCUGAAGGACUUCAGAGAUGCGUAUCCGCGAUUUCCCCCCAUCCAGUCCAUUCACGUGUCUCAGGACGAGAGGGAGUGCAUGAUGGACCUGACUGAGUUCAUGAACCCAACCCCUUACACUGUGCCACAGGAGACGUCCCUCCCUCGUGUGUUCAAAUUGUUUCGAGCGCUGGGACUGCGACACCUGGUAGUGAUUGAUAGUGAGAACAUGGUCGUUGGUCUGGUCUCCAGAAAGGACCUUGCACGCUACCACCUGGGUAAACAUGGGCUUGAGGAGCUUCACCUGGCUCAGACAUGAUUGGUCUUCAUGUGCACCUUGUACCCUUGCCUUCAGACCACCAGCUAGGGACCGAAAUAAGGGCCUGGUUAGAGUCUCUUUUGCGUCCGAGAUGCCAAACCUGCACAACAUUUGUUCCACAUUUAGCAUUUCAAGGGCUUAUUUCUGCAUUUGUUUUUUGCCUGUAGGAGUGCAUCUCAAGAGCACAUUAUGUUGUAAUGUUAGUUUUGCACUAUGUGACUUUAUUUAUUACAUGUUAUAUAUUAGUAGAUACGUUUUCGGGAGGUUAUUUCGGGCCUCUCCUAAAGCAUCAGUUUGUCUCACCUUGCGUGUUUAUUAAGAAUAGUUUGAGUUUGAGGUUCACGUCAAUUUGGGUAGAUAUUCUUUUGACAAUGCAUACUGACAUCACAAGGUGUGCCAAGCAUGGCUAUUAUACAGUUUUGAUAUGGCCUCUGCAGUGAUACAAAAAAAGAUUAUGUUCUUUGUGGUCACAGUUUACGCACAAUAUAAAUUAUGAGGACUUGCUAAAAUUAGAUUUCCGGUUAGCUAUUCUUAUGAAGGUGUGGGCACAUGCUGAAGAAAAACAUUUUACGACAUGAAAAUACAUUUGCAGCGUUAAGAAAUCUAUUGGUGAAACUACUAGAUAUUACAAACGGCUCUGUGUUACAGACACGCAAGUACGGUUUAUUAACUUUUGUUUGUUGUUUAGGAUUUUUUAAUUGUUUAAUGAUUUAAUUUAAUUUCAGACAUGUUAGUGUAGGUCCGACCCUAAAAUGUAAUAAAUCCUGUUCACAUGUCUAUUGCCGUCUUUACGUUGGCACGAUUUGGUACGAGCUACUGGUUUUAUAUAGUGUGUUUACUGAGUGACGUUUUUCAGAGAAUGUCUCUAAAGAAUGAAUUUUCUGCCUUAAGCCACAUUUGUUUUCUGUGAAAAUCCAUGCUUUAGAUUAAAUAUAUAAAUCAGUAUUGAACGGAAUGAUCGGUCUAAAAUAUUGACAAGCACUGAUUUGACAUCAAAGUAAAUCAACUCGCCAUUUAUCUGGUUUAGUCUAUGUGCCGAGCAUUCUGUGUGGUUUGUCAUUUGAAGGCAACACCUUUUUGUUUUAAUUUGUCAGUCAGUUUUCUGCUGAUCUCUACUUUUAUAUGGUUGAUGAUUUGAAGUAAAAAAAGUGUUGAAUUUUAUAACCAUUUGACCAACUUUGUGAACUAAUAAAGCUAUGAAUCAUUCAUUGA